UGGUCACCACAGUAACGGGGUGAGUGAGUGAGGUGGGCCCUGAUGUGGAUUUGGUUCAGACUGGGCAGUUAUUUACCAGUGGAGCCUGAUUUUCGCCCAGUUUGAUGGCGGUUUCUGGCAUGAUCUCCAUGUGCGACGUUCACUCUCCUUCCGGCCGCUUGCUCCCUGACAGUUUUUAAAGUCCGACUCUGCCCUCGCCUCAGAAAUAUUUCACAGAAUAAGAGCUUCCUGCGGCCAUGGAGUUAAAUUUAAACCGCGUCGACUACCUGCAGGUAGGAGUGACUUCCCAAAAGACCAUGAGGCUGCUACCGACAUCAGGACGCAGAGCAAUCCAAAAGGUUGUCAUUGCAGAUCAUGAUGGAGUAGUUACAUGUUUUGGGAUUAAAAAGGGAGAAGCAGUUCCAGUGUUCAAGACCUUGCCAGGACAUAAAGUUUCCAGAUUGGAGCUCGGAGGAGCCAUUGGUACUCCACAGGAGAAAAUCUUUAUAAGUGUCGGUUCAGAAGUGCGAGGCUUCACUAAGAAGGGGAAGCAGUUCCUUUCGUUUGAAACUAACCUAACCGAGAUUAUUCGAGCUAUGUACGUGUCUGGUGCAGACCUUUUCUUGUGUGCAAACUAUAUCUAUAAUCACUACUGUGACUGUAAAGAUCAGGACUAUUACCUUUCCAGUGACAAGAUCAAUGAUAUAAUCUGCUUACCAGUGGAAAAAAUAGGUCACAUUACACCAAUACUAGCCUGCCAAGAUCGGGUGCUCAGAGUUUUGAAGGGAUCUGAUCUGUCGUAUGAAGUGGAGGUUCCUGGAGCACCUAAAGUCCUAGCAUUACACAAUGGAAAUGGAGGGGACACGGGAGAAGACCUACUGUAUGGAACAUGUGAUGGGAAGUUAGGACUGGUCCAGAUCACAAAAAGCUCUCCAUUGCAUCGCUGGGAAAUCUCCAAUGAGAAAAGGAGGGGAGGUGUUCUGUGUGUUGACUACUAUGAUAUUCUGGGAGAUGGAGUCAAAGAGCUACUUGUUGGCCGUGAUGAUGGAAUAGUGGAAAUCUAUGGGUUCAAUGACAACAGUGAGCCUGUCCUGCGAUUUGAACAUACUUUGGCUGAAAGCAUCACUUCUAUUCAAGGAGGGUGUGUUGGAAAAGAGGGUUAUGAUGAAGUUUUGACUGCAACAUAUACAGGCUGGGUGAUGGGUCUAACAACUGAGCCAGUUCAGAGAGAGGUGGGGCCUUCUGAUGAUCUGAAGCUAAACCAAGAGAUGCAGAAUAAAGUCAUGAAUAUCAGGAUAGAAUUGGAGCAGUUACAAAUGAAGGUACUUCAAGAGCGCGAGAAGUACCAGCAGUCAGCACAAUCGAGUGGUGCAGUUUCAGCAGUGCCUAUAUUUAGUGUAAAUGACAAGUUUACUCUGAAUCGUGAUGAUGCAAGCUACAGUCUCACCAUGGAGGUGCAGACAGCUAUUGACAAUGUGCUACUACAGAGUGAUGUCCCAAUAGAUCUAUUGGAUGUGGACAAAAAUUCAGCAGUGGUUAGCUUCAGUGGAUGUGAUGCAGAGAAUGGUAACUUUCUUCUGGCUACUUAUCGAUGUCAAGCAAAUACUACUAGGUUGGAACUAAAGAUUCGUUCCAUAGAAGGACAACAUGGAACACUACAAGCCUAUAUUACCCCACGUCUCCAACCUAAAACCUGCCAGGUCCAUCAGUAUCAGAUUAAACCACUCUCACUUCAUCAGAGGACACAUGCUAUUGAUCAUAACAGGCCAGUGAAUACACUGAUACUCACAGGACAGUUCAGCUUUGCAGAAGUUCAUUCCUGGGUUGUCUUCUGUCUGCCUGAAGUACCAGAUAAAGUUCCGGUUGGUGAUAACGUCACAUUUUACUUUCAGAACACAUUUCUGGAUACACAGUUGGAAUGCGCCUACAAAAAAGGUGAAGGAACGUUUAAAUCUGACAACAUCUCGACUAUUUCCAUCCUGAAAGAUAUAUUGACAAAAGAAGCUACAAAAAGAAAAAUCAAUCUCAACAUCUCAUAUGAUGUUAAUGAGGAAUCUAUAAACUACACGUUAAAAUUGAUCCAUCCCAAAUUGGAACAUCAGUUGCUCUUGGCCAAGAAAGUCCAGUUAAUUGAUGCUUUGAAGGAGCUGCAACUCUAUGAAGGGAAUGUGGAUUUCCUAAUACCUGAAUACCGUUGCAUUUUAGAGGAAGCUGAUAAUCUGCUGGAAGAGUAUAAGAAACAACCUGCUCAUUUGGAAAGAUUAUAUGGCAUGAUAACUGAUCUCUUCAUAGAUAAGUUCAAAUUCAAAGGCACCAAUGUGAAAACAAAGGUUCCCCUUUUGUUGGAGAUUUUAGAUAAUUAUGAUCCGAAAAGUCUUAUGGCUUUCUUUGAUUCAGCCUAAAGAAAGUACGCAAAGCCUGUUUAAAAAGCAAUGUAAUUUCCUAACCAGAGUGGUUUUAUAGUGAUCAAAUGUUAUGAUUUGAAGCAGUAGUGGAACAGACAUUGUCUUCUUGAUCAGAAAAAUUAUCAUGCUGUUAUAAAGUUAUUUAAAGGAUGAAUUUCUCUACAUUGGCCAUCUUGAUUUCAGCAGAUAAUCUGGAAAUCCUGGAUAUGUGGUUAAAAACAGUUUUAAUAUUAUUGCAUUAGAUUUCCAUGAAUAGUCCCUCAGCUUUUAGCAUGAGUGGGAGAACUGUUGUGAUAUGACCCCUCCAUAUACUGCAAAAUAAACAAGGUGGUGUAAUGUGUUGGAAAUAUUAGUGUGAGUCUGCACAUUUUUAAAAUGCUAGUUGAGAGAUAAUUUUAAAACAACUUUUUGUCUGGAAUUUUGAAACGACUGGGAAACAUCCCAUUCUUUUACGGUUAUCCAGAAUGGAAGAAUGCCCACAAAGCCCCUUUGCAACCUUCUACAACCACGUAUAUAUUCCACUGAUUCACAAACCUGAAUUUAGAUUCAGUGUCCACACAACAUUUGCUUAGCCUUUUGAGAAAUUGCCAUUCAAAGGCAAACAUCCAUUUUGAAAAUAGGCUGAGAAUGCAGUAAACCUGGAAUGAGAUGGCAGUUUUUCCACCUGAUUUCUUUAUUAAAUAUAAUUUUACUUGUAUUUAUAAUUUUAUAUUAAAGGAUAUAUGUCUUCGUUUGGUAAUAAUGGGUACUGCAUGAUUUUCAUAAUCUUUCUAAAUAGCAUUAUUGCUUGUACCUGUUGUCAUAAAAUACCUGGCAAUAGCCUAGAGACCCAU